GCUCUAGAGCAGGGGGAGCUCAGGGGCGUCUGAGCUGCAAGGCAUGAGAGGGGGUGUCGCUGCAGCCAUUUGUGCUGUUUUCCAUAUGCCGUCUGACUGCCUCAGGACCCAUGGCCUGUGAUUCCAGUGCAGCCCUGGCUCCACACCGUCAGUUGCCUGCAGAGCAGUCCUGUACAGAGCGGGCACUGGGUUCACACAGCCCCAUAGGGCAGGUGAGGGCUGUGAUAAGUGGUGCUGGGGGUGCAGAGCGGAGGUGCUGGAGCCCCUGGAGCACAGAGCCCCGUGGGGCAGGCGUUGGCCGUGAUGAGCGGCGUGGGUGUCCCUCAGAGCUGUCACCGCUGAUGGUCAUGAGUCCAGCCCAGGAGCCAACCCCUGAGCUGCUCGCAGACCCCUACGAGAGCUUCAUGCAUCACCACCUCCAGUACUACGGCUACUUCCGAGAUGAGGAGAAAACUGCAGAAAGCAGCUCCCUCGUGCUGCGAGAGCACAGGCCAAAGAGCUCAGACUCUCUGCUGGAGCAGGAGAGCGGAGGAUCCAACUGCGAUUCCCUUCAGGAUAACAAGAAGAAGCUGAUCUGUUCUCUCAUGCUGAAGGCCGCACUUCUCAAGAGCAAACAGCUUCUGUUCAAUCACCUUGAGGGCCCUGGGGUUCCACGCCUGCGGGAGCCACGGGGUCUCUUUGCUGUGCCCACCUCGAGAGGCCCCCUGCAGGCCCCACGCUGGCCAGUGGAGUGCGAAGUCAUCAAGGAGCAAAUCCAGCACAUCGAGUGGGUGCCGUCUGAACCGGAGCCAUUCUAUCAGCCCACAGGAAACGAGCCGGCCCCACUAAUUGUGGGGGAGGAGAAAGGAACCGUGGUCUAUCACAUAAAACCAGUGGCCAAAGGCUCCUAUUUCACCUGCUCCCGCGUUGGAGGCGCGCGAGGGCCCAUCACGUCACCCGCCGUCAGCUUGGAAGGUCCAGAGGACACCACCCUGCUCUUUGAAUCCAGAUUCGAGAGCGGGAACCUCCAGAAGGCCGUCCGAGUAGGCCCGUACGAGUACGAGCUGACGCUGCGCGUGGACCUGUACACCAGCAAGCACACCCAGUGGUUCUACUUCCGGGUCAGGAACACCAGGAAAGGCAUCACCUACCGCUUCUCCAUUGUCAACCUGAUGAAGCCCAAGAGCCUGUACAGCAUGGGGAUGAAGCCGCUCCUGUACUCUCAGAGGGACGCGCAGACGCGUGGCGUGGGCUGGCGGAGAGAGGGGGGCGACAUCCGGUACUACCGGUGCAGCUCCGAGGAGGGCCAGGCGAUGUAUUGUCUCACGUGGACAGUGUGCUUCCCCCAUGACCAGGACACCUGCUACUUUGCCCACUUUUACCCCUACACCUUCUCGGACCUGCAGCGCUACCUGCUGGCAGUGGCCAGCGACCCGGUCCGCUCGCAGUACUGCAAGCUGCGGGUCCUGUGCAGCAGUCUGGCCGGCAACACCGUCUACCUUCUCACCAUCACCAGCCCGUCCCAAAACCCCGCUGCCACUGCCGCCAAGAAGGCUGUGGUGCUGAGCGCCAGGGUGCACCCUGGGGAGACCAACGGCUCGUGGGUCAUGAGGGGUUUCCUAGACUUCAUCCUGAGCGACUCCCCUGACGCCCAGCUCCUCCGCGAGCUCUUCAUAUUCAAGGUGGUGCCCAUGCUCAAUCCAGACGGGGUGAUCGUGGGGAACUACCGCUGCUCGCUGGCCGGGAGAGAUCUCAACCGCAACUAUCGGACCGUCCUGAAGGAGUCCUUCCCUUGCAUCUGGCACACCCGGAGCAUGAUCCAGAGAGUCCUGGAGGAGCGGGAGGUUCUGCUGUAUUGUGACUUCCAUGGGCACAGCCGCAAGAACAAUGUCUUCAUGUACGGCUGCAACAACAAGAGCGCUCCUGCCCAGCGGCUCCACGAGCGCAUCUUCCCACUCAUGCUCAGCAAGAAUGCCCCUGACAAGUUUUCUUUCCGCAGCUGUAAGUUUAAGGUCCAGAAGAGUAAAGAAGGGACGGGCCGGAUUGUGAUGUGGAGGAUGGGAAUCCCCAACAGCUACACCAUGGAGUCCACCUUCAGCGGCUCAACUCUGGGCAGGAAGAGCGACUCCCACUUCACUUCAGAGGACCUUAAAUCUCUGGGCUAUCAUAUCUGUGACACGCUGUUGGAUUUCUGUGACCCCGACCGCUCCAAGUUUUUGCAGUGUCUGUCCGAGCUCCAGGAGCUGCUUCAACAGCAAAUCCAUCGAAAGCUCAAGGAUCUGGGCCAUGGGCAGGACUCAGACGGUGCCUGGAGUGACAUCUCCCUGUCAGACGUUGAAUCCAGCACCAGCGGCUCCAACAGCUCCCAGUCCGACGGCCUCCCUGCUCAUUUACUCAGCGUGGCAGAGAAGUUCCAUCAGAAGAAGAAGCGUCUGCGGACGAGGAAGGAGAGGAACGAGCUGCGUCAGAAGUACGCCUCGAGCCAGGGGCUGACGUGCCAAGCCAAGACUCCGGUGGCAGGGGAGAGAAGGUUGGGGAGCCCCACCUGCCAGACCCACCAGCCUGUCAGCGCCGCGGCUCUGUGCACGGAGGACAGCUGUGGCAAACAGGGCAAGACUCCAGAAGCUGGCCUCGUUUCAGAUCUGCAGAGGAGAGAACCUAACGCCAGCCAGGAGGAGCAACCAGAAGAGCGUCUAUGGGAGCGUAAGCUGUGUCACCAGCACAGCCCUGGGCCUGAGCGCCUGUGGAAGGCCCGGCGGCCCCAGCCCCUGCUUAUCACCAUGCUGACCCCGCCGCAGCCCCAGAGACCCGCCGACGCCUUGCCCAUCAGAGAGCACCUCCUGCCCUUCCAUGCCCAGUUGGACGGAGAGCCCCACGGCAGCCGGCAUGCAGGCAGCUCAACGUUGGCACACUCUGCAUCCACGGUUGGAACCAGCCCAUGCAGGUCUGUGUGGUGGGGCCCCGAGCAGCCCGCUGUGACUCUACUGCUGAGCAGAAACCAUUUCCCGAGACCCCAGCUCCCUGGCCGGAGAGCGCCCGUUGGACCCCACACGCUGAAGCGGAGCCAGUCGCAGCACCUUCUGCCUCCCAGACAAGUGACGUGGAGCCUGCUGGAGUUCCAGCCCCCCUGCGCGGAGCCAGAGAGACGCAAGAGCCCCUCCCGGCGCCAGUAAGGGGCUGCAGGGCAGGGGCUCUCCCUGCCAGAGCCCCCUCCCUCCUGCUCGGCUGCCUUGGCAGGCUCAUUAAAGGGCUUUGGAACAGUCA